CCCUUAUCUUCUGCUGGUUGCAACCUAUUAGUACAUGCUGCUAGUGUUGCCACACAGUACAAGUACAGAAACGCUUUGUUCGAUGUCAAAAUCGACACUGAUUCUAAUAUUCUGACAACCAUCACGUUCACUGAGAUCCUCCCAUCGACAAAAGCCAUUGCUUCCUUUAAAGUGCCUGAUUACAACUCAAGUAAGCUGGAGGUCCAAUACUUCCAUGAUCACGCAACAGUUACAGCCGCUGCAGCUUUACAACAAAACCCACUAAUUGAUGUAACAGCCACGCUAGGUUCACCAACUAUCUCGUUUGGUGCUGAAGCUGGAUAUGACACCACAUCUCGAACUUUCACAAAGUACAACGUCGGAAUCAGUGUCACAAAGCCUGAUCAAUGUGCUUCCAUAAUACUGGGAGAUAAAGGAGAAUCGAUUAAAGCUUCUCAUCUUUAUCACCUAGAUGAGUCAAAGAGAAGCUCAGUAGUUGGAGAGGUAUUCAGGAAAAUCUCAACGAACGAGAACACAGUAACUGUUGGUGGAUUGUAUGCGGUUGAUCACUUGACGAAUGUGAAAGCUAAGCUGAACAGUAACGGUAAGCUUGGAGCUCUUCUGCAGCAUGAGGUCCUCACGAAAUCGAUAGUGACUAUCUCAGGUGAUUUCGACACCAAGACAUUAGACAAGUACCCAAGGUUCGGUCUCUUGCUUGCUCUUAAACCUUGAAGAGCUACACAUACCAGUAUACCACCAAUAGAACAUUACCCUUUUCUCUCGAAUGCCAUUGUUUAGACUUGAGUUUGUUGUCGUUUUUUUUGCAUAAUGAAUUCCUCAGGUUAUCUACUACUGUCUGUCAUCAGAUAAUUCUUAUUCGAAGUUGGUUUUUAUUUUGAGCUCAUGCUUAAUUGAAAUAGUUAUGUCACUCGUA